ACGCAUUUCAAACUCGGUCUGUGCGAUUGCGCGACCGUGACUGGCAGUGACAGCGAGGUGACCUGUCUACAGCACAGCAGUAGUGCUAUCAUCAGCCUGUGCAAGCCUGCGCCGCGCCGCAUCGCGCUUGGAGCCCGCGCGGGCGCCAAAAAGAGCAGCACUGCUAGCAGCGCCGCGCAAGGCGCGAGCCGCAGCCGCGACGCCACGAGCUGCGACCCGGACGCCGCGCAGCGCGCAAACGACGGUCGACGAUGGCCGCGGCGGAGGGCUACGACGACUUUGAGACGUACGCGGGCCCGGCGCCGCGACUCGGAUGGCUUUUAAAUAUGGCGCCGACGACGUUCCAGCGAGGAGAUAGGGAACUGAGCGGCGUGGAGCUCUUUUUACUCUCCAAGGACGCCAAGAACAACUUUCGGGUUACUGUGGGAUAUGCGCCUUACUUUUACGUCGCCGUCUCCCUCAAGUUUGAAAGGUUGACGGAGGCGACGAAAACUUUACUCCAGAGGCGCUUCGAGCAGGAGAAUUGUAGGGUAGAAACGGUACUCUUGGAGGACCUGGAUGCCCCGAACCACGUCGCCGGGUAUAAGCGACCGUACCUCAAGCUAUCGUUUGACAACGUCCGGGAAUUGAUGAGUGUGCGCCAGGAGCUGAAGCCCGUCAUCUUCGAGAACCGGAAACGCUUGGCGCAGAACCACUUCCAGGAGGACGAUGCGCGAGCUCCAGACGAUUUACUAGAGGCACUAGAUGAAAUACGGGAGUACGACGUGCCGUAUGCGAUGCGCUGCUCCAUUGACUUGGACUUUCGGGUAGGUGCUUGGUUAGAAGUAUCACCAGACCUCGGCAUUGAGAGAGAUGAAAACGAAGCGACGGACUCCGAAGUCCCGGGUGGGUAUUCUGUUACGUGGCAGCGCGACGUGCUCGAAAAACCGUCACCGCGCAUCCUCGCCUUUGAUAUUGAAUGUACGAAAGCACCGCUCAAGUUCCCGAACGCCGAGCGGGACGAGGUCUUCAUGAUCUCGUACAUGAUUGAUGGCCAGGGCUACUUAGUCAUCUCUCGAGAUGUGGUCAGCGAGGACAUCCCCUCCUUCGAGUACACGCCGAAGCCGGCCUUCCCGGGGCCGUUUACGGUCUUCAACGAACAAAAUGAAGAGCAGUGCAUCAGAAAGUUCAUCGAGCACUGCAAAGAAUUAAAGCCCCACGUGUUCGUUACCUAUAACGGCGAUUUUUUUGAUUGGCCCUUCCUCGAUAAAAGGUGCCAGCUCCUCGGCAUCUCCAUCGCCAACGAGUUGGGGAUUGCGGGCAACGAGCAGGGCGAGUGGCGCGGCACGGGCGGCCAGGUGCACCUGGAUGCGUUCGCCUGGGUGAAACGCGAUUCUUAUCUGCCCCAAGGCUCGCAGGGCCUGAAAGCGGUCACGAAAUACAAGCUAGGGUACGAUCCAGUGGAAGUUGAUCCGGAAGACAUGGUUAGGUUUGCUCGCACCGAACCGCGGACCAUGGCCUCGUAUUCUGUUUCCGACGCCGUCGCGACGUAUUAUCUGUACGAGAUUUACGUGAAUUUAUUUAUAUUCUCGCUGUGUACGGUGAUCCCGAACGGCCCCGAGGACGUCCUGCGGAAAGGUUCCGGAACGCUAUGUGAGGCACUGUUGAUGGUCGAGGCCUUCAAAGCUUCUGUAGUGUGUCCCAACAAGCAGAACGAGCCCCAUUUGCUGAGGAAGGAAGGUAAGUUAGUGGAGUCGGAGACUUAUGUCGGGGGCCAUGUGGAAUCGCUGGAAUCUGGAGUGUUUCGUUCGGAUUUACCGGUGGCGUUCGACUUGGAUUCGAAGGCUUUUGAGAAACUCAUCGAGAAUGUGGAUAGAGAUUUAGAAUUCCACGCCCGUACCGAGGGCAAGGGCGCUUCCCGUGAAGAUGUAGUGAACUUCGACGACAUUAGAUCGCAGUUAAUCAGUGCGUUGGAGGCUUUACGAGAUGCUCCGAAGCGAACGGAAGCACCUAGGAUCUACCACCUGGACGUGUCUGCCAUGUACCCGAAUAUUAUCCUCACGAACCGGUUGCAACCGACCGCGAUUGUGGACCGAGAGAAGUGCGCCGGCUGCGACUACAACCGGGAAGGGAAUCAAUGUAAAAGACCGAUGGACUGGAUCUGGCGGGGCGACGUGAAUCCGUCCUCUGCGGCGGAGGUGAAUUCGCUGCAUCGCCAGUUGCAGUACGAAUCUGUUGAUGUGGACGGUGCUCAACAACGCUACGCCGCUUUGCCGGAAAAAGAUCAAGCACUAAGACUCAAGACGCGCCUGCGAGACUAUGCGCAAAAGGUGUACCAGAAGCAGAAGAUUGUGGUCGAGGAACCUCGUACUGAUGUGGUCUGCAUGAGGGAGAAUUCGUUUUAUGUGGACACGGUGCGGGCGUUUCGCGAUCGUCGCUACGAGUACAAAGGCCUGACGAAGGCCUGGAAGAAGAAGCGGGAAAAAGCUACUGACAGAGCUUCUAGAAAGCACGCGGAAGAUAAGGAGUUGUUGUUUGAAUCUUUGCAAGUCGCUCAUAAAUGUAUUCUCAACAGUUUCUAUGGGUACGUCAUGCGCAAGGGCGCGCGGUGGCGCAGCAUGCCCAUGGCCGGUAUUGUCACACUGACGGGCGCCCAAUUGAUUACCCAGGCUCGCGAAUUGGUAGAGAAAGUCGGCCGACCGCUGGAGUUGGACACGGACGGCAUCUGGUGCAUGCUGCCCGAGAGUUUCCCGGAGAACUAUGUGCUAGACAUCAAGCAGGCUGACGGCUCCAUCAAGAAGCUACCGUUCAGCUACCCCUGCGGCAUGCUCAAUGCGGACGUCCACGCGAACUACACAAACCACCAGAUGCAGACCAAGAAUACUAGUGGAGGGUACGACAUCAGUUCGGAGUGUAGUAUCUUCUUUGAAGUCGAUGGGCCCUACAAGUGCAUGGUCCUACCGGCCUCGACGGAGGAGGGCAAGUUACUGAAGAAGCGCUACGCGGUCUUUAAUGAUGACGGGAGUUUGGCGGAGCUCAAGGGUUUUGAACUCAAACGUAGGGGUGAGUUAGAACUCAUCAAGGCGUUCCAGGCGGAAUUGUUCGAUCAAUUCCUACGAGGCAACACCAUAGAGGAGUGCUACGCCCAAGUCGCAAGUUGCGCCAAUGCCUGGCUCGAUAUUGUCGAGCAUCGCGGCGCGGGCAUGGACGCCGACGAAGUGUUAGAUCUCAUUUCGGAAAAUAGAUCGUUGUCCAGAGAGGUCUCGGAGUACGAAGGUCGCAAGAUGACGUCGUUAACUACUGCGAGACGUAUUGCCGAUUUCUUAGGGGACGACAUGAUCCAGGGUUCCGGUCUGCAGUGUAAACUCGUGAUUAGUGCGAAGCCGGCCGGCGCCCCGGUCACGGAGCGAGCCAUCCCGACGGUCAUCUUUUCUGCGGAGCCGGCCGUGCGGAGGCAUUUCCUGCGCAAAUGGCUGAAAGAUCCCGCUGCCUUAGAUCCCACGGUUUCUGAUGUGGUCGACUGGCGGUAUUAUCGAGAUCGCUUGGAAGGUGUGAUUCGGAAGAUCGUGACCAUACCAGCAGCGUUGCAAGGUGUUCAGAACCCGGUACCUAGAGUGCCCCACCCGGAGUGGCUGCGCAAGUUCGUCGCUAAUAGGGAUGAUACGCGCAAGCAGACGAAAAUAUCCUCGUUCUUUGACAAGGAGAAUACCUCGGUGAAGAAGCCCAAGGUCCGGGAUUUGGAGGACAUCGCGUCUCAGAAGAGUAUGACUCCUGUCGUCGCGCGGUCCCGCAAGAAGGUCGCUUCUACGGCUUCUACGGCCCUGGUGCCGUCGUCGGAAGCGCCGCAAUUAGGCUUAUCAUUGAAGAAGAUCGAACCAUCAAACUACGAAGCGUGGCUCCAAGACCGGAAGCAGCGCUGGCGGGCUCGCAGAGCCGCUCGUAAAUCAGACAACGACAGUGCCAAGAAGAUGGCGCGACAUACUACGAGUCAACAGCAACCCCUCAAGCGCAAGACCGUGACGGAUCUAGUACGAUCUUCCACACGCUCUUUAACGAGAGGCACGUGGCGCGUCCUCGAAGUCAGAGACGGCGACACGCCCGGGCUACUCACGUGCUUUGUGGUCACCGAUGAUGGUUUGCUGCAGCGGGCCUCGGUCAAGGUCGACCGGCGUUUUUAUGUCGAUGUGGAUGAAGGCUCAUCACUGAAGGACGUACUACAGAAGUUCGGCGCGCGGAAGGUGCCUCGGGCCACGCCGCCGACCGGGGAUAGGCCCGGAACUGAUCUGAAGCAGAUGUACGAGGUGCGCGUCGACGAGUCGCGCGAGAACAACCUUGCAGCGUUACUACCUCAGUUGGGUGCGAAGUACGAGUACCAUACCCCAGCCUGGUUCCGGCAGGUGUGUGCCGGCGGCGGGGCGUGUCGGGUGAGGCGGAGUGCGGCGAAGGAAUUGGAGUUGAAGGGCGGGGCUCUGGUCUUCGAGCCCGACGACUUGGAGUUGGCGCCUUCCGACGCUUCUGACAGUAUCGCCUUGUUGCCUUUGUCCGGUGAUAGGGCUACGAGAUUGGUUAGAGUGGCUUAUUUAUAUCAUGGCAAAUGUCCUAAGACAGGACGAGCCUGCGUCGCGCUGUUUUAUCUAGACAGAAGAGAGCGCGGCGAGGAAUCAGAUAAGGAUGACGCGUUAUCGCCGGUCUUGGCUUCACUAAUUGUAGCAGACCCCAAGGCAAGGAAAGGAGACCGCCCGCCGGCCAUGAAGCGGCUCUUCGAGAUGGCGACCCAAGACUCGCAGCGGCCCUGGAAGGAGCUACGGGUAGAGAAGUCCGAGACCAAGGCGAGUGAAACGGAAGCUUUGUCGAGUGCCGGGGCCUCAUUGGCGCAGUACGCGUCCGAGAAGCGAGGGCCCACACUAGUCAUCGUCGAGUCAUCGAUGGGCGCCGCGGAGCUGAGGAGAACUCUGCCCCAAUUAGGGGAUUUCGCGAAUUGCGAAGUCCCUUAUCGAAGCGACGACUCGCGGUACCCUCGGCUAGGCUGGCAGUCCUGGGUUUGUCGGAGAGUGUGUGAACGGGCCUCUCGCAUCCCGAGGUGGUUAGUGGAGAGACAAAGGAUGGCGCGCUACGCAAAUGUACCUCUAUCUUCUCUAGGAGCCUCACCAUUAACGAGUUCCGCGGACGUAUUGAUGGCUCGGUCCCUAAAACAGCACCGCCACCUGUUGUGGGCUUCUAGUACAGGUAAACCGGACCUCGGUGAUGACGUCGAGGAGGCCUCGUUUGAUGACGACGGUGAAUUGCCAUUAGUCUUCAGAGACUUCGCGCCCCUUGGAAGUUCCUACGCGAAACGAACAGGGGGCACGUUCCAGGACGUCGCAUCCACAAGUACGAUGGGCAUCGUGGAAUGCCCCGGGGCCUACAGGACGGUCUGCGCGCGCGUCGACGUCUUUGGGUCCGCGGUGAACGCGGUGAUGGUCUCGGACGACCUCGCGGGCGACAGCGCUCUGGGCGAGGCGGGCUACCAGGACCAGGACUGCGCGCACGCGUUUAGGAUUCUGAGAGCUUUGCUAGCGGAGUGGGUCGACGACGUGUCCAAAAGAAGAUCGGAGCACGCCGACGCGUUGCUGGUCAACGUCGAGCGGUGGCUGCGGGAUCGGUCGUCGAUCCUGCACCAUCCUUCUCUUAGACGACUUGUUCAGUCUACGACGAAACGCGUCCGCACGCGCUUGGUGUCGGAUCUGCGAAGAUUAGGUCUGAGAGUCGUCCACGCGGGCGAGAACGAGGUCAUCGUUGCUACACGGGAAACGGACCCGAAACUGGCGGCGGCGCAUCUGGAAUUCGUGUCCCAGACGAUCUCGCAGAGACCCGUGUUUAGAUACCUACACCUAAAGCCGCGCGCCUUCUACGCUUCACUACUCUAUCUAAACGCUCAUAAUUUUGGGGCCAUCGAAUUGCUCGACCAAGAUGAAGAAAUGACUAAUGAGGAAGGUGAGGAACGAUUACCAGUACAAGAUCGGUUCGUCAGCCAGUGGGAUCUCGCGAUAGAGCUGCCACCGAUAGCUGUCGACUGGUUCAACGUCCUUGUAGGGGCCUUCUUACAUAAACCCCUGAAAGCGCGGACGGGCAAUCUGCAGCAAGAUGAAUUGUUCACGCAGCAGUUCGUGGAAACGUUCUCUAGUCAAAAGUUGAUGCCGGUCAUCAGUGAACUACAGCGGGACUACCACGGUUCGACGACGGCGCUGGACUUUGUUAUUUUGUCGUGUCGGGCGUUGGCCCUGGAUCCUUCAGUCGAGGAGGAAUGCGUGCGAGCUCGUCGGUUACUACUGGCGCAGUUAGGCGUCCGAGAAUUCGACCCGAAGGCCCAGAUCAAAGCACCACCUCUCAAAAUAGAGAUCAAGGGCGUCGCGUGCCCGCACUGCGAUGCUACCAUAGAUGUGGACGUCGCGGCGGCCUUUCACCGCGGCCGGGCCGAGGAGGCCCAUCAGGGCAUCGUGCCGGACGAGGACGCCGAGCCUCCCCAAUGUUUAUGCGACCGCUGCGGCGCCGCUUUGCCUUCUUCCGUUUUGGAACAACGCGUCGCGGAGACUAUUACACUAUGUCGGGCGCGGUUUUUAGCUCAAGACCUGCGCUGCAAGCGGUGCAAGCGCGUCUGCCGCGAGGAGUGCGCGACGCACUGCCCCUGCUCGGGUACGUACGACACGGACGUCAACACUCAGGAGUUCUACGCUUAUUUGAACGAGUGCCACGACGCGGCGGGCUACUUCAAGUUCGAGACGUUGGGCGAGAAGUGCCUCUCUUUGGUUGACGAGUGCAAGGCCGACGUGAAGCGGCGCCUCGGCGGGCCCUACCACGUCGCCUAGGAUCCCGCUCCUUAUUAACUAGGUGUUAUCAA